AUGGUUGGUCAAAUCUGCAAUCGCAUUGUUCUUCCUCACAUUUUCCUAGUCUCUUACCCUGCCCAAGGCCAUGUGAAUCCUCUUCUCAGGAUUGGCAAGAUUCUUGCUUCCAAAGGCCUGUUGGUCACCCUCUCCGCACCAAACACCAUUGGUGACAAAAUCCGAAAAUCCAACAAAAGCAUUUCCGAAGAAUCCACUCCCUAUGGCGAUGGAAUGAUCCGAUUUGAGUUCUUUGAUGACGAGAGUGAGAUCAUCACCGUCCCAGAUGAACACGCCGCGCAUCUCGAGAAAAUUGGGAAGCAGAAACUCCCCAAAAUGCUUCAGAAACACGCCGAACAGGGCAGCCCUGUUUGCUGCCUAAUCUACAGUUGCUUUAUCCCAUGGGUUGCUGAGGUCGGGGAGUCCCUUAGAAUCCCUUCUGCUCCCUUAUGGGUUCAAUCUGCUGCCUGUUUCUCAGCUUAUUACCAUUACUAUCACAAUCUGGUUCAAUUCCCAACUGAAUCAGAACCUGAGUUGGAUGUCCAGUUGCCGUAUAUGCCCCUGUUGAAGUAUGAUGAAAUCCCAAGUUUCCUGCAUCCUUGGACACAGUACCCAUCCAUCACCGAUUCAAUCUUGGGUAUGUUCAAACACUUGGACAAGAAUUGCUGUGUAUUGAUGGAGUCAUUCCAGGAACUCGAAAACGACGAAAUCAAUUACAUGUCAAAGCUCUGCCCCAUCAAGCCUAUUGGUCCCCUAUUCAGAUAUCCUACCGAGAAAACUGUGGGCUCAACUAAAGUGGAUGUCACUGAUGCUAAGUAUCUGGUCGAUGUCUUUAAGGUUGGGCUAAGAUUGUCAAGAGGGGAUUUCGAAAAGAGAGUCAUUCCCAGAGAUGAAAUCUCAGAGCGGUUGAUUGAGGCCACCAUCGGUCCAAUGGCCGCCGAGAUGAAACAGAACGCAAUGAAGUAUAAGAAGGCGGCGGAAGAGGCAGUUUCAGAAGGUGGCUCCUCCACCUCCAAUCUGCUUGAUUUCCUUAACGAGCUCGCCGUUGGCGUUCCCAUGAAAUAGAAGAUGAAGGUGUGAAGUGAAGCAUUACGAGUUCCCCCCUUGACCAUUAACAUUAGUUACAUAACCUUAUUUGUUCGUUUGUUCGGACUAGAGCAGGGUCCAUCAUUUGUUACAUUUUUUUUCUUCACAUUAACUUUGUAAUAGAGUAUAUAGCUUUUAAUUAAUAAUAAUAAAAAGAGGUUCUUCUUAAUACGUAUGUAUUGUAGUAUUUCACUAAAGCCAUUAAUCAAUUCGUCCACAUUAUUUAAAAGUCUUUGGGAUAUAUCUGGUUGUAAAUUCUUAUGACUGAUCGCAAAGCAAAACAUGUAAGAGCCCAACAGGCAUAAACGAG